CCAGAACAACGACUCCUUACUACCUCACUCGACAUAUUGUGUCUGACAAGAGUAGUUCGUAUCAAAAUCCCUGCUUCUCUUUCCCGAAUCCUUCAACGAAAACGCAAAGAAAGGACCAUCAACAGAUCAAAUCGUAAACCAAACCAGACCAGAACCUUCGCCUCUCCUCGUCUCCAACUUCAAACUCCCACGGGCCACCUCCAAUCAAGACAAGAACAGAUACCAGAUAACAGAUAGAAAUAAGGAGAUAAUCAGUCAAGAUGGGUGGCGGUGAUCUGAAUAUGAAAAAGUCAUGGCACCCCGUGCUCUUGUCCAACCAGGCGAGGGUAUGGGAGGUCGAGAAGAAGGCCCACGAAGAGAAGAAGAAACUAGACCAGCUCCGGAAAGAAAUAGAAGAAGAACGACAACUCCUCGAACUUCAACGUCUGCAAGAAGAAUCUACCGGUCGGAAACGCGUGGAGAAACUAGAUUGGAUGUAUGCGUCACCGGCUACUGCGGAUGGGGGCGCGUUGGGAGGGGCCAAGUUGGGAGAGAGGCAGAUGGAGGAUUAUUUGUUGGGGAAGAAGAGGGUGGAUGAGGUGUUGAAGUUGAAUGAGGAGAAUAUCGGCGCCACCUCGGAAAAAUUCCAAGCCGUCCAAUCCGCCAACGACGCCCUCGACCUCGCCUCCAAGAUCAGGGAAGACCCCAUGUUGGCGAUCAAGCGGCAAGAACAGGUGGCUUAUCAGGCCAUGCUCAACGAUCCUGCGUUGAGGAGGCAGGUGAAAGAGAUGAAGAGGCAGAAGGGGGAGAGCAAGGAGGAGAAGCGGGAGAGGAAGAGGAGGGAGAAGGAGGAGAAGAAGGCCGCCAAGAAGGAAGAAAAACAUUCCCGUCAUCACCAUCAUCAUCACGAUCGACAUGACGGCCGAUCCCGUUAUUCGGACGACGACCACGGUUCGCGGUCGGACGAGCGCGAUCGGUAUGAACAUCGACGUUCCGAGCGACCGCGUUCGAGAUCACGUUCCCCUCCCCGUCGAGACGAUCGGGAUCGAGACGCACGGGACCGGUCGUACGCCUCGAAAUACGAUUCUCGUGAUCAGGAUCAUCGUCAGCGUGGGAGUGCGUAUGGAGGCUAUGGGCGGGACGAACGGGAUCGUUCAGGACCUGUACCGUAUCGACGAGGAGGGAGCAGGUCGAGAUCGAGGUCCAGGGACGGGCGCGGUGGCGGGCGGACAGAUCGGGAUCGUCAUAGCAACGUCGGUGGAAACGGUCGGGCGGACGACCGAGCGUCUUCCCGGCCCUCGGCUCCUCCGGCACAUAUCCACCCGGCUCGACUUGCCAACAUCCCCAACGCGCCGAUCGAUAUCAAACCUACACCCGCUCAACUUUCUGGCUCGUCCGCCACAACCUCUACAACCAACCCAUCCUCGGACCGAGCGGCCCGUCUAGCUCAGAUGGCCGCCGACGCCGAAUCCGCGACGACCUCCCGACUAGCCACGCUGGAAGCUCGCCGUCUGGAACAAGAACGACGAGAAGCGGACGAGGCGCGUGAGAGGGAAAAGUUUGGAAAGCAGGAUACCAAGGGGGCGUACGUGAGGGAACAGGAGAGGAUGAUGUUGGGCGGAAGUCCGGGGGGUGCGGGUGGGUUGGGGGAUGUGCUGGGAAGACGAGGAGGCAAGGGGUUGAUCAGGGAGGACGUUUGAAGGGUGUGGGCUGGUCGUUUGUCGGUUCUAUAUUAUCGUCAUGGUUGACGUUGUAUGAUAUUGAUUUUGUCGUCGCUAUCGCAAGCUAGGGCACUGAAACCUGAGACGACUGUCGAGACCGCGGCCAAUUGCACACCACAGUGUCAGUGACUCUGUCUCAGUGCCGCAUCGGUGAUACCUCGCAGGCCUUUCGGAUGGGGCUAGCACGUCAUGCUGC